AUGCACUCCUCGCGUUCACUAAUGGACACGGAUCUGAAGGAUAUGGAGCUCGACUCUUCUCCUUCUUCCCCGACCAUUUCACCAUCUAGAGAAGAACCGGUGGACAUUACAGCCGACCUAAUCGACUUCGGAGGCGACGUCCCGACCGAUGUUGCAACCACUGCUGUCCCUGACUCGACUGGAGCUACGGCUGAAUCCGAGGUGGAAGACGAAGAAGACGAACGACCAGAUCUCUCCGAAGAUUUCUCGUGCAAUCUGGUAUUCAGCAGAAAUGUAGGGGAAAUCGUCAAUGCCCACAGAGUGUUCAAAGUGGUUGAAGUCUCUCCGAAAUCAAGCUCGACAGUCGGACUUGAUGAUUUGGCCGAACAAAUGAAAGAUAAGAAAUUCAACUUGUCAACUACCAGUUGGGGGGAUCAAGGUUUAUAUGAAAUCCAACCUCAUGAGCCUUAUGCAAAAGAUUCAAAAUAUACCAAAAUCUUUUUUCGAACAAAUCUGGGGAACAACGUUUGGAAUGCCCAAUCAACACCUGGGACAACCGAAAUGACUGCCAUGGGGGGUAUUCACGGUAAAAGAAGGAUCUUAGGUAAAGAAUUCAAAGAAAUUUUACAUGUACCUUACAGUGGAUACUCACAAGAUGGCGACGGCGAUAAAAUCACUUUCGUUCCUUCUUUGGCUCAAAAUGUAUUUGGACCAGAAGUAGAUGCUGAUCGAACUGUUUUCUUCGACGACAAUUUGAGAGGUAGGACUUGUACGCUCACUCCGAGUCCUGAUGAUGAGAAUACUUGCAUCAUGACUGUCUGCGGAACAAUGUCAAACGGAAGUACAGACCAUCACGAUGAUUUUAGAACUGAUCAAGACUUUAGACAAGGUCUUCUUCAGGGUAAUCGGGGAUAUCCUACUGGGUCUACUUAUGGUUCCGUCUGGCCCGUGUAA